AUGAUAGGUCAAGGCCUGAUCCCUGAUGAAACAGACCGUGUUUCGACCGGUGACCACUUUGGGAGGAUGACGCUGUUCGAGUUAAAAGAGCGCAUUCAAGCAUUUUAUUUAACAAACAACGUGUUCCCAAGACAUUCUGCAACAAUACAAGAUAAGAAUGUUGAAUUGCUAGUGGCUGAAUACUGCCUAAUAAAUACCAACUAA